AUGUCAAGAAGAGGCUUACGAGAUGAAGAAAUCGAACGAUUAUUGUGUGAAAUUCCAUCAGACGAGGAUUCCACUGUUGACACCACAGAUGACGAAUCUGAUUAUGAAGCAAGCAUUGUUGCGGAGGCUAUUGUGUCGUCUGAAGGCGAAGUUUCAGAGAGCGAGGAAGAAAGUGAGUCCACUCCGCCAAAACGCGCUGCUGACACAGCGCCAACUUGGGGACAACAAUUCAAUGCUACCUCAGGAAUGCAGUUCGACAGUGAAUCAGGACCAAGUGCUUUUAUUAGGGACAUUGAUGAUCCAGAACCUAUCGAUAUAUUCGAAAAAAUAUUUCCAAAAGAGCUAGUUGAGCUAAUCGUUUUCCAAACAAAUUUAUAUGCGACGCAAUCUGGCAAGUCUUUCACUCCAACAACUGACAAUGAAAUACGAACUUUCCUGGGAAUCAACAUUUUGAUGGGUAUAAAGCGUAUGCCAGCAUACAGAGACUACUGGUCUAGUGCCCCAGAACUUCAUGAUCGUUAUAUUGCAUCUCUGAUGGCAGUAAAUCGGUUUGGAUGGUUACUGAGGAACAUUCAUCUGAAUGAUAACACAUUGCAUCCAGAAAAAGGACACCCAGGUUAUGACAAACUGUACAAGCUGCGACCAGUGAUCAAGAUACUAUCUGAAUCUUUUUCCAAGUGUUACCAACCCAGCAAACACCUAGCAAUUGAUGAGUCAAUGAUCAAAUUCAAAGGCCGCAACAGUAUGAAACAAUACAUGAGAGAUAAACCCAUAAAGCGUGGUUACAAAGUGUGGAUGCUGUGUGACAAGACCUCUUACAACUUGAAAUUUGAUAUUUACACCGGAAAAAUGCAAACUCUUCUGCCCUUAAUUGCUGGAGAAGAAAUCCUUGCAGCUAAAAGCAGGAGAUGUGGAAUGGCGCUCUCCUGCUGUCAUAGUUCAGAUUGUUGUCCCUAA